UACUUAAAUAUGAAUUAAUUUGAUCGCAGCAUCAGUAUAAAUUCGUUUGAGCUUCAGAACUGAUCGGUCAUAGAGCGCAUUAUCUUAUCUAUAUAGUGAAAGUUAUAAUUAUCAUUAUAACUGAGAGUGAAAUUUUUUUAAUAAAGAAACGGAAGAGAAAAUAGAUGGCUUUCUUUAAAUUUUGGGCAGUGUUGUUAUUGGUGUUUGCCUUAACGCAAAAUAUUGACAGUACAACAACAACAACAACAACGACAACGGGGGCAACGAAAGCAACUGCAGCAACAACAACAACAACUACGAAUAAGCCCCAUCCUGGUCCACAAGAUCCUAAAUGUUUGCAACCUAAAGAACCCGGUCCCUGUCAUAUGAAUUUAAUGCGUUAUUAUUAUAACCCGGAAACGAAUGCAUGCGAAGAAUUUAAGUUUGGUGGUUGCAAAGGCAAUGAGAAUAAAUUCGGCUUUAAGGAGACUUGCGAAAAAGCUUGCAAAAAACCCACCGACUCAAGCAAUAGUGGUACAAAAACUCCCGUCAUCGUUGAAGGACAUAAGGCACAUCCUAGUACCCAUAAACCCGAGCUUUUGAAUACGCAUAAAUCUGAUGCUUUACAUGCAGCAGGUACUGAAAAAUCGACAUCUACGACGACUACUAGCAAAACGGUCACCUCUACUACCGCAUCUUCAAAAUCUAAAACUCAUCAUUUACUCAUAGCGAAAAUGAAGUCUUUAUUCGUUUUAUUUAUAUGCUGCGCUUUUUUAAUUGUAAAUCUUAAGGCAGCUUCAGUUACAACCGCGAUCGAAAAGUUGAAAAAGGAUUCAAGUGACGUCAAUGUUACUAAGGAUGAUAUGGCAGUAAAAGAUGCUGUAUCUAAAGAUUGCCAACAACCUAAAGAAACUGGUCGCUGUUUUGCACUCUUUUAUCGCUUCGCAUUCGAUAUGAAAACAGGCAAAUGCGAGGAAUUUGUUUAUGGCGGUUGUGCUGGUAAUUCCAACAAUUUCGCAACGAAAGAAGAUUGCGAAGAACGGUGUCUAACGAAAUCUGAAGAUAAGGCCACAGAAGCUUCCAUUUCUACGACAAUAAUACCUGAUAGUUCAAGCGAUAGUUCGAAGUCACAAAUGUCAUGAAGAAUUUUCUAGUAUGAGUACAUUUCAAUACAGUUUUAUAGGUACUUAUGGUACGAUGAGGUGAUAUUUUG